UGGUACGAUAAAGCCUGAAAUCUGUUAGGUUUAUUAAAAAAAGACCAUUUUACAAAGUGGUAAAUUUCUACAAAACUUUUAGAAAACUUUUUUGUCGGGUUUUUCAGGUCUGACUCUUACCGCUAAGUCAUUAGUAGUCACGCGCAUGAACAUGUAAGUGCGAAUAGUUUAGCCGUGUUUUGGCUGAAGGCGGCUGUGUGCAGCGCAGUGUCCGGAGGCGAUGUUCCCCAGGGCGCCGCGCUGGCGCUCAGAGCACGCUUCACUGCUGCUGCGCAGGACACUCAUGAUGAAACUCUCUGAACACGAGCAUUCCUCCAGCUCUCAGAGAGAACUGAGAGACCCCCUCCCACUCAAAGUCCGAGAGAAAUAACCGCAGAUUAACCUCUUCAUCCGGGGAUCACUGUGCGCAUUCACCCUCUACCUUCAUAAACUGGAUCUUGCGAAAGACACUGGAGAUGCGAGGAUUAGGGUCCGCGCUGGUAACUCUCUACAGCCUGUUAUCUGUGGCUCUCGGCGGAGACUCUGAUCUGUGUCCGGAUGGAUGUGAAUGUUCAGAGUGGAGAAGCUUCUCUGUCUCAUGUAGUGAAAUAGGUGCUAUACCCAUGUUUCCUGCCAAAACCGAGACACUGCGUCUCUACGAAACAAGACUGACUUCUGUGCCUAAGGAUGCAUUUGCCAAUAUGGUGAACAUCUCAGUAAUAUAUCUAUCAGUGGAUGUUUCUCUGAGGAGGAUAGAAAAACAUUCGUUUUAUAACCUAAAGAAGAUCACACAUAUAGAAAUAAGAAACACCAGACGUCUGACAAUCAUCCAUCGUGAGGCUUUUAAGGAACUCCCAAAUUUGAAAUACUUAGGUUUGUGCAACACUGGUCUUACCGUGUUCCCGGACCUGGCCAGGAUUCACUCUGGUGAUCCACUCUUUAUGCUAGAAAUAACUGAUAAUCUUUACAUCACUGAAAUUCCUGUCAAUGCAUUCCAAGGCAUUUCCAAUGACGUACUAACACUGAUGUUAUAUAGUAAUGGCUUUACUAAAAUUCUGCACCAUGCCUUCAAUGGAACAAAACUAGAUUCUGUAUACCUUCACAGAAACAAGCAACUCACUGGACUUGACGACAGCAUGUUUGCAGAAACCAUCAGUGGUCCAGUGCUUCUUGAUGUUUCAGAAUCUGGCAUCACCUCCCUUCCAACAAGAGGACUGGAGUCCCUGCGGGAACUAAGUGCUCGGAAUGUUUGGGCUCUCAAAAAGCUUCCACCAGUCCAAAACUUCAGAAGUCUUACCAUUGCUGAUCUGACGUAUCCAAGUCACUGCUGUGCUUUCAAAAAUCUUAAGAAAAAGAAAGGGAUCCUGGAGGAUGUAAUUUGUAACUUGACUGCCAUGUACAACCACCAUCAUAAGAGAUCCACUGGCAUGCAAGUAGUCCCAGCCUUCCAUGGUAGUACAAACCAAGGCGUUGACUCUAACAUCUGGAAUGUGGACACCUACGACCAUCAGGAUUUCCACGGUAGUCUGAAUUACCAAGCCUCUAUUGGCGGACACCCUGAUGAUGAUGAUGUGGGCUUUAGGGACACACUAAAGAACACCCAGGGGGACACUCUUCAGGACUUUGACAGUCCCUAUGACUAUGUUGUGUGUGAGGAUGGAGAGCAGGUUUCAUGCUUCCCAACUCCUGAUGAGUUCAACCCAUGUGAAGAUAUUAUGGGCUUCAGUUUCCUGAGAGUGUCUGUUUGGUUUGUCAGUCUUUUGGCUGUAUUGGGGAAUCUUUUUGUUCUCUUUGUGCUUCUUACAAGUCGCUUUAAACUUUCUGUCUCCCGGUUCCUUAUGUGCCAUCUGGCCUUUGCUGACUUAUGCAUGGGUUUCUACUUGCUUCUCAUAGCCUCGGUGGACCUUUACACUCAGUCAGAGUACUAUAAUCAUGCUAUAGACUGGCAGACAGGGCCCGGGUGCACCCUUGCUGGUUUCUUUUCUGUCUUUGCCAGUGAAUUAUCAGUUUACACACUGACUAUUAUCACUUUGGAGCGCUGGCAUGCCAUUAAUUUUGCAAUGCGCUUAGAUCAAAAGCUGCGUAUGUCCCAUGCCUGUGCCGUCAUGUUUGGAGGUUGGCUUUUCAGCCUUCUGCUUGCUCUAAUGCCUGUUUUAGGGAUUAGCAGCUACCAGAAGGUCAGUAUCUGUCUGCCCAUGGACACUCCUUCGCUUGUGGACCAAAUCUACAUUCUCUUUCUGCUUGUUUUUAACAUUUUAGCCUUUGUGGUCAUCUGUUUUUGCUACAUCAAGAUAUACUGUACUGUGCACAACCCCACCUACACCUCAGCCAGAAAAGACACUAACAUUGCCAAGCGCAUGGCUAUACUUAUUUUCACAGAUUUUAUUUGCAUGGCACCCAUCUCUUUCUAUGCUUUGUCAGCUGUGCUGGACCACCCACUCAUAACCAUUUCUAACUCCAAGAUCCUGCUGGUGUUAUUCUACCCACUAAACUCCUGCGCUAAUCCUUUUCUAUAUGCUAUUUUCACCAAAGCCUUUCGCGGUGAUGUAUUUAUUCUUCUCAGUAAAGCCGGCAUAUGCGAGCGGCAAGCCCAGCUGUUCCGAGGGCAAACCAUCACUUCCAAAGCAAGUAGUGGAGGCACAAACAGGCGACAGAGAGAGACAAGAUCUCUUGAGAAAACUCCAAUUAACACGCUGGAGUUUUCAGGCCAAGAAAGAAUGAGGGAAACAUAAACCUAUUUUUUAUUUUAUUGUACACACAUUUCUACAUACAGAAUAUAAGCCAUUUAUUGCUGAGUUGUGCCUUU